GGUUCACUUUUUGAGCCAAAAAUGGUCUGGUUCCCAAAUUUGAUCAAUCAAGCCAGUGAACAAUCGGGAAGUACCCAAAAAGAAAGAAAAAAAUAGUAGCUGGAGAGCUAUGGUUGAUGCAGUGGUCUCAUAUGUGGUGAACAAGAUUGGGGAUUAUCUUAUCCAAGAAGCUGCGCGCUUCCAAGGAGUGAAAAAAGAAGUGGAGUCGCUAAGGAAUGAACUGGAAUGGAUGCAAUCUUUCCUCAAGGAUGCAGAAAGAAAACAAGUUGAUAAUGAUGUUAUAAGGAAGUGGGUAUCUGACAUUAGAGAUGUCGCUUAUGAUAUUGAGGAUGUCUUGGAUACAUUUGCGCUCAAAAUCGACGAAGAAGAGGCUCCGAAUAUAGUUCAAAUCAAAGAAGAGACUCCGAAUAUAGUUCAAAUCAAAGAAGAGACUCCGAAUAUAGUUCAAAUCAAUCAAGUAGAGAUUCCGAAAGGGAUGAGGAGAAUUUCUGCUUCCAUCAAGAAGUUUUCUUCGAUUUUCAGUAAAGACUCAGGUCACAAAACACCCAAUCAUAAGGACUCCAGUAGUCACACAGAGUCCAGUAGCCACACAGAGUCUAGUAAUCACACAGAGUCCAGUUUCUUCAGCAAAGGAGAAAAGGUUGUCAAUCAGCGCAACAUGGGCAAGAAGAUCGAAGAGAUUAGACAGAAACUUGGUGAUAUUUCUCGGAAACGUGAACAGUACCGCCUUGAGGAUAUUGGUAACAAAGGUGAAGGAAAGGACAAUGCUCUUUACAGAUUGAAGGAACUGAGGAGAGCCACCUCCUUUGUAGUAGAUGACCAUUUUGUUGGCUUUGAGGAUGAUGCUGAGAAGUUGUUGGCUAAACUUCUUGACAAGGAGCAGCCGCGGAGAGGCGUGAUUUCUAUUUUUGGUAUGGGUGGUUUAGGUAAAACAACUCUUGCUAAAAAGCUUUACCACAACAAUGAUAUCAAGAAUAAGUUUCAUGAUCGAGCUUGGGUUUCAGUCUCUCAAGAUUACAAAACUGAAGAUAUUCUUCGAAGGAUUAUAAAAUCUUCCCACAUCGUGCUUGAAAGGGAGGAUGAAGAAUCUUCAAGAAGUAAGAAGAAGAUGAGUGCAGAAGAGUGGGAGCUGGAGAAACAAAAGAUCAAAGAACGUCAAUUUAAGGAGCUGGAGAAGAUGAGUCAAGAAGAUCUGGAGCGGUAUCUUCAAAAAUAUUUGACUGGACGCUCAUACUUGCUAGUGAUCGAUGAUGUAUGGCAUAAAGAAGCUUGGGAGAGCUUCAAAAGAGCAUUUCCUGAUAACAAUAAUGGUAGCAGAGUAAUUAUUACCACCCGUAUCAGAGAAGUUGCUGAACGUUCGGAUGAAAAAGUUCAUGUCCAUGAGCUUCGAUUUCUGAACCCAAGUGAAAGUUGGAAGCUUUUUUGUGAUAAAGCCUUUCAAACCUCAAAUGCAGAUGAAGGAUUAAAGAAGUUGGGAAGAGAAAUGGUGGAGAAAUGUAGAGGCUUACCACUUGCCAUAGUUGUAUUAGGAGGACUCUUGUCAACGAAAAAGCCACAAGAAUGGCGGAAGGUACAUCAUCACAUUUGGCAACAUCUAAGGGACGAUUCAAUUCAGAUCUCCUUUUUGUUAGCUUUAAGUUUUAAUGAUUUGUCUUAUGAAUUGAAGUUAAGUUUUCUCUACCUAAGUCUUUUUCCAGAGGAUUUCGAAAUCCAUGUGGAGAAACUAAUUCGAUUACUGAUGGCGGAGGGUUUCAUACAAGAAAAAGAAGGUCAAAUAAUGGAAGAAGUGGCUGAGAGUCAUUUGAAACAGUUGAUUAAUAGAAGUUUGGUGCAAAUAGAGAAAAGAUGUUGGGGGAGGAUUGCCACAUGUCGGGUUCAUGAUCUUUUGCGCGAUCUUGCUAUUCAGAAAGCAAAGGAAUCAAAUUUCGCAUACUAUUAUGAUGCAACCAUACAUUCAACUCCCCCUCCGGUCAUAUUAUCUUGCCGAAGACAAGCUGUUUAUUCAGAGGUUGAUAGGCAUUUGUGGUUUCAACACUAUAAUCAAUUGUCGCGUUCCUUUCUCUUCUUUAACCAAAAGUGGGACGAAUCACUCAAAUUAACACAGCACUUACCACCUCUCUUCACCAGAUUCAGAUUGCUCAGAGUGCUCGAUGUUGAGGGUUCUCAGAGUAAGAAUAUAGUACCGCAGAGUAAGAGAAGCUUACCUAAAGAGAUUGGAAAGUUGAUCCACUUGAAAUAUUUGGGCCUAAGGAAUGCAUACAUAUAUCAUUUUCCAUCAUCCUUUGUCAACUUGAAAAGGCUGCAAACUCUUGACAUAUAUGGUGUUGAGUGGAUUCUUCAUGAACUACCAAUUGAUAUUUGUAAGUUGCAGGAAUUAAAGCAUCUAAUUGGAAACUUUCGAGGAUCAUUGCCGGUAGACAAUUUGACAAAGCUUCAAACUCUCAAGUACAUAAAUAUUCAAUGUUGGAGUAAAAUUAAUCCUGAAAAGUUGGGUUAUCUUCGGGAGCUUCGAAUCGAAUCGGAUUUGGCAUUAUCAAAGGAGUUUGAUUUGGAACCAAUAGGCAAACUGAAAAGCCUUCAAAUUUUAUCAAUUACGUUGCUGUCUGAUCAAUCUUUUGCUUCAUGGCAGGCACUUGCUCAUUGCACAUGUCUUGUAGAUUUGAGAUUAAGUGGGAAGAUAGAGAAACUACCAAAAAACAUGGAGGAACUCUUACCAAAUCUUGAAUGUUUAAAAUUAUCAGGUACAAUUCUCAAGGAUGAUCCAAUGGCCUUGUUGGAGAAUUUGCCAAACCUCAUGAUUCUUGUGUUGAACUUCGUUUCCUGUAAUGAAAAGAAAAUGAUAUGCUCGGCAAAUGGUUUCCCUCGUCUUGAAAUUCUACAAUUUGAUUUCUAUGCAUUGGAGGAGUGGCAAGUACAUGAAGAUUCAAUGCCAAUGCUUAGAGGCUUGAAGAUUCCAGAGAUCUCUAAGUUAAGAAUUCCAGAAAGACUAAGAUCAAUCCCGCCUCCGGCUGAAUGGGAAUGUGAAGAUGGCAGCGUACCUAUUAAUAACUCAAGCUACUUUCAACCCUGAUCAUGGUGAAUGUGUAAAUCAAUUGUGUAAAUCAAUUUCCUUUCAAUGUUCUCUUUUCAGGUUUUCUCCUUCAUUUCUUGUUACAAUGCAGUUCAUUGUUUUCUAGAUGCACUACUUCUCUUGCACAUUGGUUUGUCUCCAAAAUGAAGUUGUUAUUUUCUAUUGUUAAAUGCAUCAAAUGCAUGCC